AUGAUCAUAUGAUCGAUCGAUCGAUACUGAUAUGUGACGAUACACUUUAUGAGAAUAUCGUAGAUACUGUCAGCUCUUAACCUCAACAAAGUACUGGAUGUUAGACAUGGCCAGAAUAGAAGUUCAAGGGAACGGGGUGCAGGUUAGAGACAGUAGAAGUCUGCAUGGCACCAUGGAAAGUUUGGUGGAGAAGGAGGGCGACUCUUUCGACUCGGAUCUGGAGCUGAAUGGCUUCACCAGCGCCGACCGGCAGACCGAUAAAUACGGCUUCAUCGGUGGACCCCAACAGAGCUCCGGAGACCGCAGGGCCGAAGACGUUCCUCCCGAGGUGCUGAGACAGAGGGAAGCCAAAUGGCUCGAGAUGCUCAACAGCUGGGAUAAAUGGAUGAGCAAGAGGCACAAGAAGGUGAAGUUACGCUGUCAGAAGGGAAUCCCUCCGUCUCUGAGGGGUCGGGCGUGGCUCUAUCUGUGUGGAGGGAAGGUGAAACGGGAGCAGAACCCCAACAGGUUCCAGGAGUUGGACGAUAAGUGUGGCGAGCCUAACUGGGUGGACGUGAUCGAGAAGGAUCUCCACCGGCAGUUUCCUUUCCAUGAGAUGUUCGCGGCUCGAGGAGGCCACGGGCAGCAGGAUCUGUUCCGGGUGCUGAAGGCGUAUACCCUGUACAGACCGGAGGAGGGGUACUGCCAGGCUCAGGCUCCCAUCGCUGCUGUGCUGCUCAUGCAUAUGCCCGCGGAGGAUGCGUUUUGGAGCUUGGUGCAGAUCUGUGAGAAGUAUCUCCCCGGGUACUACAGCGCCGGCCUGGAGGCGAUCCAGCUGGACGGAGAGAUCCUGUUUUCGUUACUGAAGCGGGCGUCGCCUGUCGCCCAUCGACACCUGAAGAAGCACAAGAUCGACCCGGUGCUCUACAUGACCGAGUGGUUCAUGUGCGCGUUCUCACGCACUCUGCCGUGGUCAUCGGUCCUGCGUGUGUGGGACAUCUUCUUCUGUGAGGGAGUGAAAACCAUUUUCCGGGUGGGGCUGGUGCUGCUGAAAUGCAUGCUGGGAUCUCAGGAGAAGCUGAAGACGUGUCCGGGUCAGUGGGAGACCAUGGAGCGGCUUCGGGCCAUCGAGCCGCGCUACAUGCAGGAGAGCUUCCUUAUUAAAGAGAUUUUGGAUCUGCCCGUAUCGGAGCGGGACAUCGAGAAGGAGCACCUCUCUCAGCUGCGCCGCUGGAAGGAAACCCACGGCGAGCUCCACUGCAAAUCCCCUCCCAGAAUGCACGGCGCCCGGGCCAUCAUGGUCGCCGAGCCGCCGAGUCGGAGGGACCUGCGGCAGAACCCCACCAUCCUGGAGCAGCCGGAGGAAACUAAAGCAGAGAAGAAGAAGAGACACAAAGCAGACAAGAGGAGUAAGAAGAACGACGGUUCUACACCUCGGACACCCGGGCAGGACGGAGCGCCUCAGGACGAGGUCUCACCCGGCCAAUCAGACGCGCUGCUUAAGGACACGCCUCUACAGGCGUCCAAUCAGAGUCUGAGUAGUUCUGAACAUGACACGUACCUGUAGGGAAGGGUGAAGAACCGGCGCCACGUUCUGAUCUAAAGAUCUAAAGAUGCUUCCGGCCUGAACGGCCUUCUCUCAGGUGAACACGCCCAUUCAUUUCCCACAAUUCAAUGGGAGCAAUCACUAGUCUUUAUAUUGACUUAACAGGUGUAAUGAAGACGCCUGUAUGUUUGUCUCGAGGGUUUUUAAUGCAGUAAUGGUUACCGUGUUUUCUGGACUAUAAGACACUUCAGGGGCGCUCGGGUGGCGCAGCCAAAAAAACACGCUAGCCCCGUUAUCGCUGGGAUCCAAGCUGGUCGGGCGUCUACGUGUACAUGUACGGACCCACAGCAAUAACGAACGAUAACGAAAAACGGACCCACAGCGACCCUGACCAGGAUAAAGUAAUGAUAAAUUAUAGAAAUACAAUCAAAUAAAAUGAGACUGUAGUUCUGGGUGGGAACUGCUGUAAAGCUC